UAGUGACUGCCACCAAAAGGGAUUUUUCACAGAGAGAAGAAGCGCUGACCAUGAGGACGUCUGCUGUGGUCCUUGUGCUUUUGGCCGUAGCUUCAUGCACUGUGGCAAAGUCCAAAAAUCGUUUUACUCGUUUCCCAACGUGGAAAACGAAGAUUUACCCAAUCUGGAAAGAUGGAGACCCACGAUACAAAGACUCCUGGAAAGGUGGAAGGGUUUCCUUUAAUGUAGGGAAUGAUUCACCAACUCUGACUGGAGCCAAAGUUACCUUCACCAUUGACUUAGAGUUUCCACACAACCAAAGGGUGCAGGAGGACGGAGAUGUAGUUUGGGCUGAAGACUGCAUAGUCAAUGGAACAAAGUACCGUGAGUCUGAACCAGUAUAUCCACCACAGAACAUGGACUGGGAAGCUGUUUUUCCUGAUGGAACACCGAUUAAGAAUGACAAGAAGCCAAACUAUGUGUUUGUCUGGAAGACCUGGGGUCAGUACUGGCAGGUGGCAGACGGGCCCUCGUCUGCUCUGACCAUUGGGACGGAUGACAUCCCACUGGGCUCCUACACCAUGGACAUCGUCAUCUACCACUAUCGCAGCAAGGAGAAGUUCAUUCCUCUGGGAUAUGCCUCCACACAGUUCUCUAUCACUGAUCAAAUCCCCUUUGCUGUCUCCCUGGACCAAGUCAAUGACAUUGUGGCCGGGGACAUGCGAUUCAUCCAAAACAGGGCAAUUGCCUUCACCAUCACCCUCCACGACCCGAGCGAGUACCUCAGCAAUGCGGACAUUACUUUCAACUGGGACUUUGGGGACGAGAGCGGAGCACUUAUAUCCAGGGAGCUGACCGUCACUCACACAUACAUCAGCUCCGGCUCGUUCAAGCCUCGAGUGGUGAUCCAGGCAGUCAUCCCAGAUAAGAACUGCGACCCGCCCACCGACAGCCCAACCAGAGCCCCUGGUCCGCCGGCCGAUCGGGGAACCACAGUCAAAGCUCCUGCGCUGGCGUCUGCUCUCCCUCUGCUGGUUUCUACCAAGACAACAAGGCUCCACGUCAACGCGGUCCUUUCAGACACAGAAGAGGACAACACCGAGGACGAGGCCUCCACCGCCGCCUCGGUCCAGUCUGGCCAGGAAACACCCACGGUAGCCAAGACCCCGUCCCCAGCCACCAACAUGCUGCCGGCCGACAGCAAGGCAGGACCCUCAGCAGGUGUGAAGCGAACCGUGACACUGACGGGCAGAGCAGAGGUGGAGGUUGUCGCUAAGCGGGAUGCUGGUGAUAAACCUUCUGAUGAUGACUGUGUCAUUUAUCGCUAUGGCUCCUUCUGCACCGGCAUCGAAGUGUUCGAGGGCAUUGAGAAAGUGGAGAUAGUACACAUGGACGAUGUUGUCAUGGCAACGCCUGAAAUGAAAGUCCUGGACAUCACUGUUACCUGCCAGGGAAGCCGGCCCAAGGAGGUGUGCAGCGUGAUCCUGGAUGCCGAGUGCCUGAGGCCCAUUCACACAGUCUGCAACAUGGUGGAGCCAUCCAUAGAGUGCCAGCUGGUCCUGCAUCACUUCUUCAACGACUCCGGGGCCUACUGCAUCAACGUGUCGCUGGCCAAUGAUGUCAGCUUAGCAGUCACCAGUGCAAGAUUCAACGUGGACAUCGGUUCUGGCGCAUCCUCCUCUGGCACCAUAGCCUUAUUGUUGGCAGCUCUCGUACUGGUUCUAGCAGCAGGUGUAGUGGCAUAUUCCUACAAGCUUUUUAAGUCCUAUCGUCACCUGAAGGAGGAGGUUAUUGUGUCUGGGAGCCCACGACUCGGCCACAGCUACAGCUGCUCUGGAGCCUCCAUGUUCUGGAACCUCCUGAAUAAAAGAGGAGCGGCCGAUCACUGUCCUCUGCUGAAGGACCGGCCUGUGUGAUCCAUCGCCUUCAAAGUCUGAAUUACAAUUCACACCUGGGAAGUCUUUUUAUACAUUUUUUACCUGUUUUCUAAAUGACAAGGUUCAUAAGUGUGUAACAUUUAGAUUUAAAGCUCGAAAUAAUUGGACUUAUGUUUAGACGUUCCCUGAUCUUUGCACCUAUUAGACAUCCUGAUGAAACUGAAUUAGGUUUUCAAAAAUAAACUUGGGUUAAAACAAUGUAUUUUUUUUUCUUUUGGCUUAUCAGUAUAAAGUAUCAUCAUAGCAGAUACAUGAAUGUCUGGGAAGGUGUUGAUUCAUGUUUUACUUUGCCACCAAAAAGAUUCCGUCCUUUACUUUGAAUAAUAAUAAUAAUUGA